AUGGUUGAAGAAGAAUGGUAUGAAACUACUAGAAUGGUUCCGAAACAUACGGAAAAACAAAACGUAGAAAAAGUUUACUCGCAUACUCAUCCUUUUAUAAGAUAUUUUAUCAGACAAAGAUUUAAAGGAGGAAGAGUUUCGGCAAAUCGAAAAUCAUUUGAAACGGAUAAAAUGAAUGAAAUCUGCGCCAUAUUAAAAGAAUACGAUGAAAGUAACACUGAAGGAAUAAUAGAUUUAUUCAAAGAAUACAGUGUUAACCCAAAAGAUAAAACGGAAGUUCACGCUAAACUCAAAGAACUGGACUAUUCUAAACUGAUGGCAUUUGACGCUAAUGGGUUGUACGCUUCCGCCAUGACAGAAGGUGAAUAUCCUAAAGCGGAAAGUGCAAGAGCGUUUCUACCAGAAGAAGAAAAAGAAUUUGUGAAACUCUUCAAUAAACAAAAAUUCAGACCUAGAACUGCUAUUUUAAAAGUCUGGUUUGAAUAUCCAACCAACAUGUUCUUUCAACCCAUACCAGCUAAAGAUAAAAUAACUUUUACGAAUAGAAUAGGUCAGAAGGAAACUGGCACUAAAAUAAGGUUCAGAAAUGGUUUCUGUCACGACGUUUUAACAUCAGUUGAUAUUCAAGAAAUAGUGAAAUCCGGUGGUAAAAUUAUUAGAAUAUUAGAUGGUAUAGUAUACGAAGAAAAUUUUAAAACUCCACCAUACAGAGAUUAUAUUUUAAUUUUGAAGGAAUUUAGGAAUAAAUACAAAAAAGAAGGAGAUAUGGUUGCUAGUAAUUGCAUGAAAUUAUUAGGUAAUUCCUUAUACGGUAAAUCUAUUCAGAAGGAUAUAAAUACAUCGAGACAUCUAUGGAGUGAAUCGACUUUUAAAGCCAACUUCGAUUCACACGUCAAAAGCUAUGAAAAAGUAAAUGAUAGUCAAUAUACAGUUGAGAUGAAUGAAGAAGAAAAAGAGUUUGUUCCUCCAAAGGAUUUUACUAGAUUAACACCCGCUCAUUUAGGUGCAUUUAUAUUAUCUCACAGUAAAAAAAUAAUGAACAAUUUCAUUCACGUAAUAGAUGGAUUUUAUAAGCCGGAAAUAUACUAUACAGAUACUGAUAGUUUAUACAUUUCGUCUAGCAAUUGGGAUAAAUUAAAUGAAGCUGGGUUGGUGUCUGAAAACGAAUAUAGCAAAGGGAAGAAUGAUUAUGGUGAUGGUGGAAUCAUAUUUGGUUUAUAUUUAGCGCCAAAAGUAAAAUACAAUAUCAUUCUAACUUCCGAUGGUGUUUUAAAAGAAAAGAAAACGUUUAAGGGUUACUCUAAAGAUAAGAUAGGCGUUGAAGAUUAUAUUCGAUUAGCUAGUGGACAUGACGUAACGAAUGAAUUUAAGAAACCUUGGUAA